AUGGCUCAACCAAAGGAGGCACCUACGCUCAACGUCCUCGCGGCCAAGAUCUCGGAUCUGACCGCCAAAUUCUCCACAUUCCUCAAAGACAAUGAGAUUCCCGAGCCAACCUUUGCGGCGGAUAGCCCGACGAGCUAUACUGGGUUGACGGCAGAGAGCUUCAUGCUGCGACAAGCGCUGUUUGACUCGCUCAUGGACUUGAUCUAUCUGACGCAGGGGCCAAGCGAAAGCAUCUUCAAUUACGUGCACACGAGCAUGCCUGACGCUGCUACUCUCAACAUCCUCAACCACUUCGAUUUCUGGGCCGCUGUGCCACUCGAUGGAUCAGCCUCGUACGACGACAUUGCAGCGCACACAGCCCUUCCCGUUGAAGUCGUACGUCGUGUCAUCGACCAUGGAACUACGUUGCGCUUCUUUACGACCGUGACAGCGACCGCCCCUAAUGGUGGCGCGGACCCAGAGACUCGUAUACAACACACCUCGCGAUCCGCGGCGUUGGCCAAGAACAGUGGCUUGCGCGCGCUCGUUUCGACGCUGCUCGACGACGCAGGCCCGCCCAUGACGCUUGUGCCCCAGGCGCUUCGUGAGUACAGCCUUGGUAAGGGCCAAUUGACGACAGACAUGAACGAGACGGCGUUUGCGCUUUUCCACCGGAGCGGCGUGUUCGGCCGUUACGCCACGUCUUGGGAGCUGCUCGAGAACGACGGUGAAGGCGAACGUAAAGGGUGGCGACAGAGGAACUUUGUCGAGUUUAUGCGCUACCUGAAGGAUAUCUUCCAGCUGGAGAAGGUGAUGCUCGAGUGCUACGACUGGAAAGCAGCAGGCAAGAUCUCCGUCGUUGAUAUCGGCGGCUCGGGCGGUCACGACGCUGUCGUCCUGGCGGAGAACUUCCCGGACCUCAACAUUACUGUACAAGAUCUCGGCGAGGUCAAGCCAGCAUUCGAAGCCAACGUGCCCGAUGAGCUCAAAUGCCGCGUCCAGUUCCAGGAACACACCUUCUUUAACCCACAACCGCUCCAAGCCGAUGUCUAUCUCCUGAAGCUCAUUCUGCACGACUGGCCCGAGGCCGAGUCCAUCAAAAUUCUUCGAGGAUUGGUGCCAGCAAUGCGACCAGGCUCCAAAGUGCUGUUCAUCGACUACGUCGGCAAACAGGAAGGGAGCAAGGAUGGCAAGUCUGAAGAUGUGGUAGCGCUUCCACGAUCGAUCAAGGCCAUGGGCACGGCCACGGAUAUACGCAUGAUGGCGCUCUUCAACGCCAGAGAACGCGCCGUGGAUGAGUGGAAGGGCGUCUUCGCGGCCGCUGAUCCACGAUUUGAGGUAACUAGGGUCAAAGCCGACCCGCUGAGUUUCAUGGUUGUUAUGGAGGUGGUUUGGCGGGAAUGA